AUGGAUAGACCCGAGUUGCCUUCUACUCGUGACUCUGUUGCUUCGCAUCCCGAGUUCUCCUUCAACUGCAGGGAGGAGCUGGAGGGUCACGUGGCCUGUGUGAAGCUGUUCCUGGAACAACACGUGGUGCAUGGCGAACCAUACGUUCCUGGAAGCGAAGAUGACAGAGACCGAUGCCGCUCUACCCGAUCACUCUAUAUGAGGUGCAUGAAAUACAGGAAGACCUUUCCACCAGACGGAGACCGUGUUGCCCAUUUGAUGUCUCAGCCAGUGAGUGGACCCAAAGCGUGCGAAAUGGAACUGGCCAUGCAUGGGAACUGCGUGGCAAUUCAGCUUGAACGUGCCCAAAAGCUGGGCGAGAAGUACUGGACUCAGGGAGGUGAAGAUCGAUGUAUGAUGACGCGCGCGAAUUACGAGAGGUGCAUGUACGGCACGAAGCUUGGACUAACGGAUCGCUGGGGCGGCGAGCGGCUAAGUGAACAACUAGAAAAGAAUAUUUCGCAUUUGCAAGUUCGCCUUGAUCACAAGUAA